AAACAUCUUCAUGAUAAAUAAUCAUCAUUUCAAAUGAUAAUUGGGAAAGUUCGUGAUGUUCAAUAAAACAUUUAUAACGUUUUAUAAUUUGUAAACAUACAAUCAAAUACGUCCAAUCUCCCACAGUUUGAAGAUGAAGGAAUUUCUGCUGCUAGUUCAGAUAAUUACAAUCAUCUCGCUACCAAAAGGCGAAGGAGCACCCAAACCUGUGGCCUUCUACCCUUUGAAUGCUGUCCACGAGACACGUGACAUCAGCGGCAAUGAUCUUCCGGCUGGAAUCGCGUCUGGCGUGACACUUGUCAAGGGACCUGAUGGAAGAGAGGAUGGGGCGUAUUACUUCUCUGGGACGUCCAGUAGCUACAUCGAGAUCCCUUACCACGCAAUGAUCGACACAAGAUACUCCCUCACUAUACUGACAUGGGUACGCCCUGAAAUGGAAGGUCCAAUUGUCCAAUACUAUCGCUCUAAUUGGGGCGUUCAUUUGUGGAUUUUGGGAUCAACAACCCCACAGUUAUACGUAAAAGUAAUGACUCUUUUGCUUACGGACACUGAUUUUACAACGAGUGAAGAUCUCAUUUGGCAUACUUGGUACUUCGUGGGGUUUAGCUAUGAAUAUACAUCAGGACGCUUAAAGCUCUUUCUGGAUGGAGUAACUGUCAGGGAGAUAUACAUCGGAACAUUUGAGACGGCAACAAACGGAGAGAUCCGCCUUGGAGCAGUGACUCCAGCAAUUGCAAGUCAAACCUACCGUGGUUGCAUCACAUGCUUACAGAUCUACAAAACAGCUCUCAGCCGGAAUGAGAUGCGAAACGCAAGUGGAGCCUGUGAUGAACUAAGCUCGCCAUGUUUCAAUUUCGUUCCAAUUCACGAGUUAACUCAGGCUGCAAACCGUACUUGGUACCGCCUGGAUGGCGGAGCUGCAAGACAAAUUACGACUCGCUGCCCGCAAAGCAGUCUGGGACUUAGUGGUUGGAUGAAUGGUUCUCAUCCUCAGAGGGAGACUGGGCCUGUAACACGUGACCUGUGUUUCGCUAACAGGAGCGGUUCUUGUGAGCACGAGGCCUUAGUGACAGUUCGUCAAUGUUACGGGUAUUUCGUGUACAAGUUCCUGGGACUUCCUUCUGGCAAGCUGAGGAUUUCUACCGAGCAAGGGAAAGAUAUCGAGACGCCAUUGGACGUCCUUUUCCAUCAAAGGCCUGGUCACCAUCUCACGGGUCACGUGUUCUACCAGGAAUCUCCUGUCCCCUCCCCCACACAGUGCGUUGAAUACUGUCUAGUAUUAGGUGAAAGAUGCAAGUCGGUAAAUUACAACAGCGGUCAAGACAACGGGAUUUGCCAACUGAACAAUGCCACGGCCUCAAAGUAUAAUCAGCACAUCUCCGCCAAUCAGCAGUGGGGAUAUUUUGAACCAAUCACAGUUACCCUUGUAUAGAACUGUCACAACGAUUUUUUGUGGUUGCGCAACCACUCUAUUUCACAGAGUAACAUACCUUCUCAACCUUGUGUUGGUUCAUACCUUGUCUACACCACGCCUUCGCAGACCAUCUAUUUUUUCUACAGCUUGCCUGAAGUCUUUCUAGUUAUACCACUCAACCGAUCAAAACUUGGAAUGCUGUCCUUAACGAUUCUGCGUGUUUUAGCCUAUCAAAACUGUGGAUUCUAUGAACCAAUCAGGGUGACGAUUGUCUAGAACUGUCAAAAUGAUUUUGCAUUUUCAGUAAAUCAGAGCUGUGGAUAUUAUAUUAUGAGCCAAUCACAGUGGGGUUGUGCAGAGCUAUCACAUUCGUAUUGCAUGUUUUAACCAACAGAGGAUUCUAUAAGCCAAUGACAGGGGUCAUGUAGAAGGUAUCAGAAGGAACGAGGUUGAAUAGUAUACUAUUUUGCACUACGCAUGAGAUAAACACUAGUAAAAAGAUACUAACUGCCUUUUGCGGUUUACCGUGUUGGGUAAGAUUAAAGUUUGUCAGAACAGCCAUCAAAUAAAAUACGAUUUCCACCA